UCCCGACCGCCACCGCCAACAUGUCGUCUGCGCGGCCCUUCCCGACGCGCCAGAACCUGCAGAUCAUGAAGCUCAAGUUGGUCGGCGCCAAGAAGGGGCACUCGCUGCUCAAGAAGAAGGCGGACGCGCUGACGAUGCGGCUGCGCGCGCUGCUGACCACAAUCCUUAAGGCAAAGGAGGCGAUGGGCAAGGCCUUCAAGGACGGCAACUUUGCGAUGGCGGAGGUGAAGUACGCGGCGGGCGACAUCAAGUCGGCCAUCAUAGAGAGCGUCGGCACGGCGCAAAAGCGCGUCGAGACGAGAGUGGACAACAUCGCAGGAGUAAAGGUGCCCGUCUUCAAGGCGGUCGACAUGGCAGACGCGCCUGUGGACUACACGGGCCUCGCGCGGGGAGGGCAGCAGGUGACCAAGGCGCGCCAGACCUUCUCGGCGUGCGUGGACACGCUCAUCCAGCUGGCGACGCUGCAGACCUCCUUCCUCAUCCUCGACGAGGCCAUCAAG